AUGGUUCUCAAUCCAGGUGUCGCUUGGUUUAUCUCAUUCUCCGAUCAUGAUCCAUCAAUAAACAAAAAAUGCAUAUUUUUUACGAAAAAAGCAAAUAACCCGAGAUGUGGAAGCGAAUGUGAAAGAGAAGACAACUAUCGAGCUAUCCAGCUCUAUCAGAUUAUCAACGCACCCUCGAAGAACGCAGUUGGUCUCGACGUACUCCAGGAAUAUGUCUUGUGCAAUUGCUGCAAGUUUGCGCGUCAUCAAGACCGCAUUGGUAACCUGGAUCUUUUGAUCCCACUAGCCCAACGAUGGCAAGAUGAGAUUCAAAGGAACCUUGAUCAAGCAGUCACUGGCUUGGAUGAAAUUCCGUCCCAGUCAGUUGGCGGCCAGCUACAAUAUAACCUCCGUUCUCGAGAAGUUGAAACCUCAGUCAAUUCCGCCCAAUACCAGGUUACAACUAUUUCUCAACCACCUUUGUCUGAAUUCCAAGUCCAUAUAAAGGAGCCUGGUCUUGGUGACUCUGUUUCCUGCAAACUCGUCGAGUGCCUGAAAGGAGGCGACGAACGAGAUUUCGAGACCGGCUCGCUUUAUAUCUACCAUCGGGACUCCUCUCCUGGCUAUGUCAAGAUUGGCUGGACCGCAAACUCGGUUUGGGACCGGCUCCAGAGAUGGGAAGAGAAAUGCGGUUACAGUGCACACAUACUGAUGAGCGUACACGAGAUCCCAAACGCCCAUCGAGUCGAGACUCUCACUCACCACGAGUUGAUCAAGAACUGGCGUCGGGAGCGAAAGUGCCAGAAAGAGGAUUGUCAGAUAAGUCAUCAGGAGUGGUUCGAAAUUAGCAAGGAACAAGCCAUGCUGGUUUUGACGAAUUGGGCGAUGUUCAUGUCAGCAGCGAAGCCAUACAACACCCAGGGUGAGUUGAAAGAUGUGUGGAAGAAAGCUGUGGCAAAAAUGGAUGGGAAUGGAGAGGCUAUCACAGCUCAAAAAAUGUCAAAGCUCCAUUCGGAGUUGUUGACUGAGGAGAAACAAAGUGCUCCUCCUCCUAUCAAUACCGAGUAUUCAUCUCUCGACAUCUCUAUGUCUUCUCAAGCCAAUUCGUCCACGCCACCUUCUCGCGCGCACCCACCAAAAGACUUCAGCGAGCAAAUUGUUGCUAUCCGGCAAGGUAUCGAAGAACUGAAGCUUCUCAUGCGUGACAACCUGCCACGUAAAGAUGCGAAGAGAGUCUCUGACGAAGCUGGAAGUCCCGCUACAGAAAACGAGCCAAUAUGGAAAGAAGAAGAGGUCACGCUCCUCGAUGACCAGCUAGCCGGUUUGUCAUUGGAGAAAGAGGUUGUGACGACUUUGGAUGUGGUCGUCGAGAAAGCCAAUGCUAUGACGACGGCAAUCGAAACUUUGCCGACGGCGGUACCGCUUGGGACGGAGGUGGUUACAAUGCAGGCCUGA